AUGCUAUCCUUGUUACUAGCAUACUUUGUCUACAUAACGACUUACAGGGUCUUCUUCCACCCGCUACACAACGUUCCCGGCCCCUUCCUGGCGCGUCUCAGUAAAUUAUGGCUUGCGUGGCACGUCCGAAAAGGACAAUCGCAUGUCUACUUCCCCAAACUACACGCGCGAUAUGGGCCUAUUGUGCGCAUAGCACCUGACCAAGUCCUAGUCUGCGACGAAAACGCCAUCAAAACCGUUUAUGGAGCAGCGACGUCGUUCACGAAAGGGGAUUGGUAUCGCAUAGCUGGCGCACCUGACAAAAGCCGGAAACCCGCCGAGGAGGUUCUCGAUAUGCUGACAGAAACCAACAUGGAGAAGUAUCGCAGGCAAAGAAGAGCUAUCGGGCCUGCCUAUAGCAUUGCGGGGUUAGAAAAGCAUGAGGGAUUGCUUGAUGCCUACAUCGAUCAGUACGUCGGCAGGCUGAAAGAGUUUGGAGGAAAAGAGGUAGAUCUUGCGGAAUGGACCCAUAUAUUCGCCUUGGAGUCUAUGAGCCAGUUCACUCUUGGCAAGAGACCAGGAUACACGGAGAAAGGCAGUGACGAAGGGAACGGAGAUGCCAGCGAUGCGUUAUGGCAAUGCUUCACUGUGAUUGGCAUCUUCCCAUGGCUCGUAAAGCUGAUGCAUGCGAUACCGAAAGUCGGCAUGUUGCUCGUUCUACCCGCGUCCCUGCUGCUAGGUGUGCGACUACCGAAGGUUUGGCCCGUCUUCAGCUUCUCUGCUCCGACAAUAAUGCAGAGAUUGAAAGCACUGGAUAGUACGAGGAACGUCAAGUUUCCCGGGGACCGACCAGGGCUCUUCCACGACCAAGGAACAGAUGUCAAGCCAUUGGAGCAACAGGGAGAUGGCAUUGAAGAGACGGAUAUGUUGGCUACUUUGAUGCGUCUGCAUCAUGACAAGGAGGCACGUUUCCCUCCUUCAUGGGUUCUCUCGAUAGCUCUUACCAACUUCGGCGCUGGACAUGACACGCUCAUGUUCACCCUUUCUUCGGUCAUUUACCAUACGUACAGGUCGCCAGCCAUCCUCACCCGCCUACGUAAAGACAUGGAAAGCCAGGGCAUCUCAAAGAAUACCAAAUACUCUGAAAUGAUCCAGAAGGUACCAUUGUUCCUCGCCAUUAUGAAAGAAAGCAUGAGGAUCUGGCCUACGCUCGGAUGGUACAUCCCUCGCCUCGUGCCCGCUUCCGGAGCUACACUAUGCGAUACCUACCUUCCACCCGGGACUACAGUCGGGACUAACCUCUGGGCUUCACACUUUGAUCCUGAGGUCUUCGCAAAUCCAACUAAGUUUGACCCAGACAGAUGGCUUUCCGGUGGUAGCGAAGACAAGAUGAAGGAGAUUGGCAGAAUGGACAGUGUGUGGAUGGGAUUCGGGGGUGGAGGUAGAAGCUGCCCUGGCCAACAUCUUGCGAGGUUCUUUGUUGUCAAAACACUGGCUCGGUUGGUUAUGGAAUGUAAUGUUGAGGUGACGGGAAAGCCGGAGAUUGGUGGUUGGUUCCAGUGCACCAUGAAGGGCGUUAAUAUUAGCGUCAAGGAGAGAAAGACGCACUGA